AUGCCGCAGUUGAAUGACGUUGCGUCUGCCCCGUUCGGUAUUCACCAUGAAGUUGACACAGAUGUUAUUCCUUUUUGGGAAGAAAUUUCGCAUUAUUCCUACAUUGAUUGGAGUGAUCAGAGCGAACAAGAAUCAUGUACUGAUGGUUCUGUCUCUGGAUCGGCUUCAAUACAAGGGAUGAUAAAGUCAGAACCAUCUGUGUCAAUCUCUUUGGUGCAAGAAAGGAUAACUGCUAAAUAUGGCUUUCAAGUUUCCUACAGAAAGGCGUGGUAUGCGAAGCAAAAAGCGAUGGCAAUUAUGUACGGUGAUUGGGAGGAAUCGUAUGCUUUUUCGCCAAGGAGGUGCGAAUACAUGCUUCAUUUUUCUCCAGGUUCAUUUUAUCAUAUACAAACAAAUGAUCUUUAUGCGGAGCAGAGCUUAGUUUCUGGAAAAAAAGGGAAAUUGUUGGUGGCCACAACCCAAGAUGGUAAUAAUGAAGGCGAAACUUUGGAAGCAUGGGAUUAUUUUCUCGUUAAUAUUCGUGCUCAUGUUACUACCAUGUCAAACAUAUGUUUGAUAUCUGAUCGGCAUCGAAGCAUAAUAUCUGCUGUGGAAAAUAACCCUAAUUGGCAGCCGCCAAAUGCAUAUCACGUCUUCUGUAUUCGUUAUAUUGCAAGCAAUUUCAAUCAAAAGUUUCGAAAUGAAGAUUUGAAGCGGAUGUUAAAGAAUUUAGGUUAUACUCCAUCAAUGGUUGAUUUUGAAAGGAAUCUCGCGAGUUUCCGUGAAACUAGUCCUCAAAUUGCUGAGUGGAUUGAUGCGAUUCCUAAGGAAAAAAGAGGAACAAAUGCUAUUGCACAACUUCAAUCAGCUCAUCGUCACUCUAAAGUUGUUGUUGAAUUGGUCAAGAAGAACCAGGUAGAUGCAACAGGCCACCACGUUCGUGCAUACAAUGUUGAACAUACUGUGUUCGAGGUUGACGCAGGUUGGGAGCGUUCAUAUUCUGUCAACCUCCCACAGAGAUUCUGUCAGUGUGGAAAUUUCAAGGCAUUUAAGUAUCCGUGUAGUCACGUCGUUGCUUCUGCGUUAAGUGUUAGGCAGAGUGCGUUCACUUAUGUUGACGACGUCUUUUUGAUAACUAACUUGGUCGAGGCUUAUUCUUUUCCGUGGGAGCCAAUCGGAAACGAGGAAGCAAUACCUGAAACGACGUAA